CGUAAUUUAUGCCUGUCUCACCUCGUGACUACUUUAUUGAUUACUUCUGUAAUCGAAAUCGGGAAGUGUGUUAAUCUAUUAAAUGUUUGGCAAGAAGAAGUUACAUUGAAGCAAUUUUAUUUCUAAUCUUGUCUUUUUCUGUUUUACUUAAAAAUUUUUUUUUCAUAACAAAUAUAUAAUUAUUUUAACCUGUAUUAAUUGAAUUUAAUAUGGGAUCGCUUUUUCGAAGCGAAGAGAUGACCUUGUGUCAACUCUUCUUACAAAGUGAAGCAGCUUAUGCUUGUGUCUCAGAACUUGGAGAACUUGGCCUUGUACAAUUUCGAGAUCUUAAUCCUGAUGUUAAUGCUUUCCAACGAAAAUUUGUUAAUGAAGUACGUCGUUGUGAUGAAAUGGAACGUAAAUUACGAUAUUUGGAAAAAGUUAAAAAAGAUGGUAUUCCUAUGCUCGAUACUGGGGAAAAUCCAGAAGCUCCACAACCCAGAGAAAUGAUAGAUCUUGAAGCAACAUUUGAAAAAUUAGAAAAUGAAUUACGAGAAGUUAAUCAAAAUGCUGAGACACUUAAACGUAACUUCUUGGAGUUAACUGAAUUAAAGCAUAUACUUCGAAAAACACAAGUUUUCUUUGAUGAGCAAGAGCACGCAGGCUUGAAUCCUACCGAGUCCAUGACACGUGCAUUGAUUAGUGAUGAUAAUAUCGCCCGCCAGACUGCCCUUGGUCCUGUCCAAUUGGGUUUCAUCGCAGGAGUAAUUCUACGAGAACGUAUUCCAGCAUUUGAACGUAUGCUUUGGCGUGCAUGUCGUGGUAAUGUAUUUCUGCGUCAAGCAGAAAUUGAAACUCCUUUGGAAGAUCCUUCAACGGGAGAUCAAGUCUUCAAAUCUGUGUUUAUCAUAUUCUUCCAAGGAGAUCAAUUGAAAACUCGAGUUAAAAAAAUUUGUGAAGGAUUUAGAGCAACUUUAUAUCCUUGCCCUGAAGCACCUGCUGAUCGCCGUGAGAUGGCUAUGGGUGUUAUGACUCGAAUUGAAGAUCUAAAUACAGUUCUUGGACAAACUCAAGAUCAUCGACAUCGUGUUUUAGUAGCUGCUGCAAAAAAUAUUAAAAAUUGGUUUGUGAAAGUUCGCAAAAUCAAAGCAAUUUAUCAUACUUUAAAUUUAUUUAAUUUGGAUGUUACACAAAAAUGUUUAAUUGCUGAAUGUUGGGUUCCUGUAUUAGAUAUUGAAAUAAUACAAUUAGCAUUACGUCGUGGAACUGAACGUAGUGGAAGCUCUGUGCCACCAAUUUUAAACCGUAUGGUAACUUUUGAAGAUCCACCUACUUAUAAUCGGACCAAUAAAUUUACUAAAGGUUUUCAAGCUUUAAUAGAUGCAUAUGGAGUUGCUUCCUACAGAGAAAUGAAUCCAUCUCCUUAUACCAUAAUAACAUUUCCAUUUUUAUUUGCCGUUAUGUUUGGAGAUACUGGUCAUGGUCUUCUUAUGUUCCUUUUUGGUGGAUGGAUGGUAUUAAAAGAAAAACCAUUGGCUGCAAAGAAAUCUGAUAACGAAAUUUGGAAUAUCUUCUUUGGUGGUCGAUAUAUUAUUUUUCUAAUGGGUUUAUUUUCAAUGUAUACUGGACUUAUAUAUAAUGAUAUAUUUUCCAAAUCAUUAAAUAUUUUUGGAUCAUAUUGGAGAAUCAGUUAUAAUUUCUCUACAAUAGAUUCAAAUAAGGAGUUGCAAUUAAAUCCUAGUGAUAAAGAACAAUAUUUACAAAUUCCAUAUCCUAUUGGAAUGGAUCCUGUGUGGCAAUUAGCAGAAAAUAAAAUCAUUUUUUUAAAUUCAUAUAAGAUGAAAAUAUCUAUAAUUUUUGGAGUCAUACACAUGUUGUUUGGUGUGGUGAUUGGAUUAUGGAAUCAUAUGUAUUUUAAAAGAAAACUUAACAUAACUUGUGAAUUCAUUCCUCAAAUUAUUUUUCUAGUAUUUCUUUUCCUUUACAUGGUACUACUUAUGUUUAUUAAAUGGAUAAAAUAUGGCCCUGAUAGCGAUAAAAUAGAUCCAGAACAUGGUCCUUCUUGUGCACCAUCAGUAUUAAUUACAUUUAUUAAUAUGGUAUUAUUUAAACCUGGAACUGCACCAAAGCCUUGUUCACCUUGGAUGUAUGGUGGACAAAGUGGAUUCCAAUCAUUUCUAGUAGUUAUAGCUGUUCUUUGCAUUCCUUGGAUGUUAUUGGCAAAACCUAUUAUGCUAAUGAAGAAUAGAAAAAAGCAACAUUAUCAGUUAAACAAUCAUGGUACAGAAAAUGGAGAUGUAGAAGGUGCUGUUGAUGCAAUACAACCAGCAAAUGGAAUUCCUCAAGGAGGAGGUCACAAAGAAGAAGAGGAAGAUAUGGCUGAAGUAUUUAUUCAUCAAGGCAUACAUACUAUUGAAUAUGUUCUUGGCAGUGUAUCUCAUACUGCAUCUUAUCUGCGUUUAUGGGCCUUAUCUCUUGCCCAUGCUCAAUUAUCAGAAGUAUUAUGGAAUAUGGUUAUGAGAAAUGGGUUAACUCAAGAAGGCUGGGCAGGUGGUAUUAUUCUAUGGGCUGUGUUUGCAUUUUGGGCUGUUUUAACAGUUGGUAUUCUAGUUCUUAUGGAAGGUUUAUCAGCUUUCUUACAUACACUUAGACUUCAUUGGGUUGAAUUUCAAAGCAAAUUUUACUCUGGACUAGGAUAUGGUUUCCAACCAUUUUCAUUUGAAAUUAUUUUAGAUGCAGCACAAUCCACUGCAGAAGAUUAAAGUAUAUUGAUUUACAAAACAACGUUCCAUUUAUUAUCAAUGAAAUUCAUGUUCUCCAUAAGUAUAAAAAACAAAAUUAUAACAUAUUAUAAACAUAUAAUUAUAAACAUAAAUAAUAUUGUGAUAUUAUAAUAUUAAUUGAUUUUUACUAAUCAUAAGUUUACUAAUCAUAAAUUAAUAUUAUGUUCAAAUAAAUUAAUUUUCAUUUUUAUUUACAAAACAAAAAUAAUUAUAAUUUUAAAAAUAAAAAAUAUAAUAUUUUCAUUUUAUAAUUAUAUUUAAAAAUUCAAUAUAUUUAUUAUAAAAAUGGUUUUAAAUGGUAUAAUUUUUAAAUAAAAUUUGAUUAUUCAAAUGCUUAUGGGGAAUUCACAAAAAAAAUAAAAAAUGUAAACUAUAAGUGGAUCUGAAAUAUGUAGUAAAAACAACUGUAUGUGCAUGACAUGUAUUUAAUUAUAAUUAUAAUUAUACAUAUACAUGUUAUAAAUGUUAACUUA